AUGGACGAUCGGUCAUCUAAAGGUACAUUGAGGCGCAAUGAUGGCAGUCUGGACAAGGUCCACCCAUCUGAACUACUCGAAUUUGCGACGGUAGCAGACUCUGGGAGGAUUGAGACAGCACCAACAUUCGGGAGCGCCACCAAUCAUGCCACUAAAGAAAGGUUGGAUAGAGGCGACGUUCGGAGAGAGAGCGUCACACGCUCGAACGAUGAUCUCUUCCGCGGUAUGUCGGUCGCUAUACCAGACUUGCGACGACUCUCCGCAGAUGCACGAGCGCAUACCGAAGCCGAGCACAAGAUGACCUUUGUCCAAGGUUGCAGACUGUACCCAAAAGCUAUAGCAUGGUCAGUGUUAUUGUCGGCAACGAUUAUAAUGGAAGGUUUCGAUCUCACCUUGAUCUCCUCUUUCCAGGCCUUCCCGAUUUUCAGGCGAACGUAUGGUGAACCAGCUGACCCCAACGGUCGCAAUCACCAAAUCUCGCCUGCAUGGCAGACUGGACUACAAAAUGGUGCUAUAGCUGGUGAGAUAAUCGGACUCUUUUUGAACGGAUGGAUAACCGAUCGCCUGGGAUACCAGCGCACAAUGCUUGUCACGCUCGUGUGGAUGUGUUUGUUCGUCUUUUUGGCAUUCUUUGCCUUCAAUAUCGAGCUACUGAUGGCCAGCCAAGUCCUUUGCGGGAUACCUUGGGGUAUUUUCCAGACUCUGUCCAUGACCUAUGCAGCUGAGAUUAUGCCUAUAGCCCUGAGGGCAUACCUUCUGGCGAAUGUGAAUAUGUGUUGGUUGAUUGGUCAGAUCACGGCUGUGGGUAUACUUAGAGGCUUCAUCACUCUCCCUACACAAUGGUCUUACCGCAUACCUUUCUCUCUGCAAUGGGCAUUUGCUGUGCCAAUCUUGAUCGGAGUACUCUUCGCUCCCGAUAGUCCUUGGUGGCUAGUUCGACAUGGUCGAUAUGACGCCGCCAAGAAAGCCAUGUUACGCCUAACUUCUCGGAAUGCCGGACAGCAAUUCAAUGUUGACGAGGCAAUAUCCAUGUUGCGACACACGAAUGAGGUGGAAAAAUAUCUCAACACCGAGUCAAUGACAUACCUUGAUUGUUUCAAAGGUGUAAAUCUAAGAAGAACAGAAAUUGCUUGCAUGGUAUGGGCAGCACAGGCAUUAUGUGGUCUAUCCCUCACAGGAUGGGCGGCAUACUAUUACGAACAAGCCGGCUUCGCUGUGGACAACGCUUUCAAUCUCUCCAUCGGAAUGUACGGACUGGGCAUCAUAGGUGGCAUGUUGGCAUGGGCAUUGUUGCCCCGUGUCGGUCGUCGAAGACUCUAUCUUGUCGGACUGAUCGUCAUGCAGCUAAUCUUGAUAGCGUCAGGCACGAUAGGCGCUACACUUGUCGGUAAGAGGGGGUCGUGGGCGGUUGGCACCUUGCUGAUUGUUCUCACCGGCAUCUACGACGUCACAGUCGGCCCAGUAUGCUACGUUCUUGUCGCAGAAAUACCUUCAACCCGACUUCGAGUGAAGACUGUUGUCCUCGCACGUGUUGCCUACAACCUAUUGAGCCUCGUGACCAACAUCUUGACGGCAAGAAUGCUCAAUCCAACAGCUUGGAAUUGGGCAGGGAAAGCGAACUUUGUCUACGCUGGCACAAACUUAAUAUGUUUGAUAUGGUGCUAUUUCAGGCUACCUGAGACUAUGGGGUUGAGCUAUCUUGAGCUGGAUAUUCUGUUCGAGAAGAAGGCUAAGACGAAGAAGUUCAGGGAGUUCCAGGUGAAUCUGGCAAACACAGGUUACUUCAGCUUGACGAGGCCAGAAAGAAGUGGUAGCGUGUGGAGAGGUUAUUGA